CUCGGUAGCUGCACACACUAACUUAUCACGAUGUCGAUAGCUCAACCGGUGUAUACAAGUGGUGUGUCUGAUGGUCCGUCAUUUGUUUUUGUUUUUGUUGUGGUAUGACGCUGGUAGCGUCGUGGCGGACUCUAUAUAUAUGCUGGUUAUAUCUGUUUCUGCCUGCAUGUGAUAUUUCUUUUGGUCAGUUAUACAUCUCUAUAGAGGAAAUACUGCCAAAAUUUUCUAUUUUUUUCAAAUAAAUAGGCUUGGUUGUAAAGUAGGGUGUUACACCGGCGCUACCCUGCUCACGGCAGCCGCCGCGGCUGCCGUGCUUCGCUUCUGGGAGGAGGUCGCCAACCGCGCGCUCCUGGACCAGAAACUUUGCAGGAAACUGGUGCACAUAACUGUUGGGUUAGUAUAUUUCCUUAUGUGGCCUUUGUUCAGUUCUGAUGAUGUGUAUGCACCAUUUCUUGCUCCACUUAUCAUUAUAUUGAACAUCAUAAAGUUGACAGUGAUUGGACUUGGUGUAGUCAAAGAUGAUGGUGUGGUUAACUCGAUGACCAGGCAUGGAGACUACAGAGAACUUCUCAAGGGUCCGUUGUAUUAUGCUUGUGCUUUAACUCUGACAACUAUAAUUUUCUGGAGGGCAUCUCCCAUCUCAAUCGCUGUGAUUUGCAAUUUGUGUGCGGGAGACGGUGUCGCUGACAUAGUUGGAAGACGAUUCGGGCAUGCAAAGCUCCCUCACAACCCUGAAAAAUCGUAUGCUGGAUCCAUUGCGAUGUUCCUAGCUGGUUUCAUUGCAUCAGUCCUCUACAUGUGCUACUUCAACAUUUUCGGGUUUGUUGAGAAGAGCUGGACUAUGGAUGUUGCUUUUGGUGUGAUAUCCCUUGUCGCUGCAGUUGUUGAGUCACUACCGAUUAGCACACGCCUCGACGACAAUCUGACGGUUCCUCUCGCAUCUGUACUAGUCGGUGGCCUGGUGUUCUAUUUUAUCGGCGUCGGAAACCUCUGCUGCAUGAGCAGUGACAGGAGCAGCAUUUCUGCGAUCGUUGAAAUGGUCUUUGGAGGCAGCAGCAAGUAGCCACCAGCUAUAUAUAUGUAACUGCCGUGCAUUAUCAUGUGCAGGGCAUGAUGUUCUAUGCAUCAAUUUGUUGAGUGUUACUUGAAUCCGGUUAUGAAUCGGCAUUCUUGUAACUGAGAAUCAGUAUAGUGAAUUCAAAGAACAGAAAAAUGGGGGAAUAAGUUGCAA